UGAAGCCAUUCCUCAACGAAUGAGGGAAGGGUGUUAUUGUCUUGCUUUGUGUAAUUCAGUCGCUUUCUCCAUCGACUUUUUCUAGUAAUUUUUAAUCCAUAAUCAGUCAGCACCUUUUGUAUACUCUAAACCUCAAUCAACAUGGAUUGGGAACCUCCUUUGCCCGCUGACUGGACGAACCUGCACAGGGGGUUUCUCCAAGCCAUGAUGGCUCGAGGCAGUAUGACACUGGAAGAGGCGCAGCCAAUAUUGUCUUCUCUCCACAACGCCGAGAAAAGCGUCGGGGCAGCUGGCAUAAACAUGGAUGAGAUCGAAAUUGAGGAUUUAGAGGCCGUUUUGAGCAUGAUCCGCGAAGCAAUAUCACCUCUAGACUACGACAUCAAAAAGCACAGACACCAGACCACAAAGGAGGAAGUCUGGGCAUUCAUCAACAUCAACAGCGACUUAUCAACUCAGCUUGCGACAACACACACAGCUGAUGAGAUGUCGUUCAUCAAGAGGUUAUUGGACGCCAUCUUUGAUACGUACAACAAGCCAAGGAUAGAGCUUAUGUGCAUCACGGCAGACCAGGCACGGAAGCUCUCAAGACCAACCAGGAACAGAGAAAGUCUAGGGGUCAAUGGCGACUCUGGCGCUUCGCAAUCGGCGACAGACAAAGGCCUCAAGCACAGCGAGGUCGAUGCGCUGAUGGCGUCACUGACGGAAGAGGGCUGGCUGGAGAAGAGCGCAGCUGGCUUCUACAGCCUGGCGCCGCGCGCGCUGCUGGAGCUAUGGUCAUGGAUGGUAGAGUCCUACAACGAUCCCGAUGCCGAACAGGGAGAGUGGCAACGAAUCAAACACUGCGAGGCCUGCAAGGAUGUCGUCACUGUCGGUCAGCGAUGUUCAAAUCUCGAGUGCGCCGUCAGGCUGCAUGACAUCUGCCAGGAAGCUUUUUGGAGGGCGCGAAGAGACAAGCAGUGCCCAAAGUGCCAAACGCGAUGGGAGGGGAACUUUUUUGUGGGGGAGAGGGCCAUCACGGCGACGGCUGCUUAUCAAAGAGCGAGGCAAAUUGGCCGGGGCAGGCCUAGUGAGAUAGUUAGUUCUGCCAUGGCCGAGGCCGAACUGGAUGAUGAGGAAGAAUGAGCCAUCAUGCCUUCUGUUGCUUUUAAUACAGAGCAAGGCUCCCCCUUUUCAAGUUUUCCAGCUGUUGUCAAUAAGUGAUACAGACUUGCAAGAAAUGCAACUCAAUGCAGACUUGACUGACAAUCCAUGACUGUCAGUAUUCCGUCGAAGCUGCUCUUGGGCCAAAAAUAAUCAUCUUUGAAGCUUGGAGAAUAAUCCUGGAGGCCUGGAAUCAGCCUUUUCUGGGCGAGUCAGUCUCAUGUUUUUUCCCUUUUUUUUCUUUUUUUUAAUCGAGCGGACAUGCACGACGUUGAACUUCGGUUGUCGGCAACGAUUCAUGCCUACCAAUGCAAUUAUGCUGUUUUUAGAAUACUACAAUAUGAUAUCAGGCACUCUAGCCAUGAAUAUAUAAAUAAGACUCGGUGUUCCAUCCUUAGGUAGAUAUAGCUAGGUGGUAGGUAGCUAAAGGUAGGUAAGGUCGGUCAUUAAUUAAAGAUGAA